ACGUUGAGUAAAACACAAAAAUGAAAAAAUUAUCAAGUUAAAAAGACGUCCUAAAAAAAAAAAAAAGAAGAACUACAGUACCCACAACGCAUUGCGCGGCUUUCACAUCCGGGGUCAGUGACCAUCCGCCUGUCAGCAGGAGAAAGGUUAAGGUGUGUGUUGAUGUAGUGUACGUGGAGCGCCGUGAUGCCCCUGGAGGUCAGAUGGCCGUUCCCACAGUGCCCCGCUUUGGCAUGGAGGCUCUCCGGCUCACUGGUGAUGGGCAUGGUGGGCUCCUAUUCUUACUUCUGGACCAAGUACAUGAACUACUUGACGAUCCACAACCAAGAGGUUUUACUGGACCUGAUUGACCGGCGGCCCUCGGACACGCCCCUCAUCACCGUGUCCAAUCACCAGUCCUGUAUGGACGACCCGCACAUCUGGGGUAUCUUAAAGCUCAGGCAGCUGUGGAGCUUCAACAAGAUGCGCUGGACUCCAGCGGCGUCCGACAUCUGUUUCACAACAGAGCUGCACUCGAGAUUCUUCAGCCGUGGGAGGUGUGUUCCUGUGGUCAGAGGUGAUGGUGUUUACCAGAAAGGCAUGGAUUUCAUUCUAGAGAAACUGAACCAAGGAGAGUGGGUGCACAUUUUUCCAGAAGGCAAAGUCAACAUGACAGAAGAAUUUAUACGGUUAAAAUGGGGCGUGGGUCGAUUGAUAGCUGACUGCUCCCUAAAUCCCAUCAUCCUGCCGCUGUGGCACGUAGGUCUGAGCGACGUCCUGCCAAACGUGAAGCCCUACAUUCCCCGAGCUGGAAAGAGAAUCACAGUGUUGGUGGGGAAACCGUUCAACCUGAAGGACAUCGUUGAAUCUCUGCAAGCUGAAAACAAGAGCCAGAUGGAAAUGAGGAAGACGUUGACUGACUUCAUCCAGGGGGAGUUUUGGAGCCUGAAGACCCAGGCGGAGGCCCUCCACGGGCAGAUACAGACCAAAUCAUGAGUCCCAGCCGUCCCACUUUAUCCUGCCACACUCCUCACAGCCCAACACGACUGAAGAUCGUUUACCCCCGAGCCGAGGGUAACGCCUUCUGAACUUGAAAUCCACCCACCCACACGACGUGAUUCUUUGUGUUUUGGUCUCUCCUCUCCGCUAUCGUUGAACCUUUCAAACGGAGAAGUCGUUGAGUCUCAAGGUUUGAAUGUUUUGAACAUUUUUUUGCUGGAUAUUUUGUCGGAUCAGGAUCAAAAACUGAUUCAUGCUGGUGCAACACAAAGAUUUCUAGAAUGGCAGGAAUCAUAUUUUAGUUAAAUACAGAAUCUGCAAAUGUGUGAAAUGGACUGAUGGACUGGAGUUACUUAAAUACAAACCUGUGAUACCUUAAAUACAAACCAUUCUGACACUGAGAGCUCAUUUCAGUCAGUCAGGCAAAAAAAAAAAAUCAUGAAUGUUUCUCAUUUAACUCGACAUGUGAGCUUCUUAGCUGAGCUUUAGUUAUUCUCCUUCUCAAACACUCAGAGUUUGAGUGAUUCUGCCCGAUGAUUCAAUGCCUCAGGAUUUAUGUGCCGUGCCAAUGCAGGAAGUUGCAUAUACCUUUAAUGCAUCAAGGCCAUUAGGGUGCGAGUGUUAGCAUUUAUAAUUUAAAGGAUUAGAGUUUAAACUAACUUUGUUUUAGUUGCCUCACCAAACUGGAAAUGUAGUUUAUUUUGCAGUUUACAUGCAAGAAAUGUGAAAACGUACAAAUGAGAUGUAAAAUAUAUUCAGGGCAUUUACAGCGUCUAAAAUGUUCAUUUUUUUAAGGUGAACAUCACUAAAAGCAGAUGUUUGUAAUAAUAAUUAGGGCUGUCAAAAGAUUAAAAAAUGAAAAAUUCCAUUAUUUCACAUUUAAAAAUAAAACUUGAUAGGCUUUUAUUUUGAAAUGUUUGUCCUGUCUUACACUGAGAGUACUUUACUUGCUGUGUGCUUUUAUUUUGAAAUACAGUAAGGCCCUUCUUGUAGAGUGAAGGUUAGGACAGGAAGUUAAGCACAGAAACAGGAAGUGGUUAGGGAUCCCAAAGUGAAAGGCACGCGGAGAACAUGAUUGUUAGGAUUGUGUUAUUUUAUAAUUAAAGAAAGAAUGUGCGACUCUUUGAUCCAGUAGAUGUCGCCCUUGAGCUCCAGCAUGAAACCAAAACAAACUUCUGUUUGGCCACGCCUCCUCUAUACUGAAGCCUCCGCUCUUCCCCAGAGACACACCUCCAACCCCCCUCCAAUCGCUUUCUCAUGAAGGAGUUUAGCACAAGCAGCAAACAAAAUCCUCCCUGGGUCGAGCUGCGGUCACCUGUGUCCUGCAUUGUUGUGUUAGCAUGCUAAUGUUAGCGCUCUUUAGUUAGCUCGUAGCUUCACAUUGUUGUGUUAGCAUGCUAAUGUUAGUGCUCUUUAGUUAGCUCGUAGCUUCACAUUGUUGUGUUAGCAUGCUAAUGUUAGCGCUCUUUAGUUAGCUCGUAGCUUCACAUUGUUGUGUUAGCAUGCUAAUGUUAGCACUCCUUAGUUAGCUCGUAGCUUCACAUUGUUGUGUUAGCAUGCUAAUGUUAGCGCUCUUUAGUUAGCUCGUAGCUUCACAUUGUUGUGUUAGCAUGCUAAUGUUAGCGCUCUUUAGUUAGCUCGUAGCUUCACAUUUCAUGUAAACUGACACAGAAUGAGCGUGAUCUAAAAACUCUUACUAACAUCCAAAUAAUCAGUGAGUAUGUUCUUCUUCUCUCUAGUUCUUGACUAAAACAGCUUUUAUACACAAGGGGAGGAGCCGGCCGUCCCGUCCAUGUAAACACGGCUCUGACAACAACACAGCCAGCGGGACUCGAGCUUCUCCCUCAUUGUAGACAGUCAGGACUCAGAGACACAUUUACACAGGACAGACUUUAUGAUUUAUUUAUGUCGCACAUUCUUCCUUUAAAUGUUUUUCUUCUAUUUAGUCCAUGCUGCUUUAAAUCUGUCAACAUCGGUGUUUAACUGAAGUUUCUUUGAAGUUUAGAUGAUUUUACAAUCCAAGUUUUUCCUGGAGAUCUUUCCAUCCUCCGACCUCUCCUUCUUCCUCGUUACAGAUGUAUAUAACUUAUUUAAUCACAGAGAUGAAUGGCUUUUAUAAGGAAGGGAAGGCCAGGGCGACGAGAUCUGUGCUUGUUUUAUAUACUGCCUUACUGUGAAUGCAACUCUUUCCUACUGUACACGAUGUGAAUGCCCAUAAAGGUACCUGACUUUU